UCCUCUGCGGGCGAAGCUUCUUCGAUGGAGCCAUCCCCACAAAGCCCACAUAGCCAGGAAGACGAAUGAACAGUCCCAUAGAGUUUGAUAUGUAGUGUGGGACAGCGACCCGACAGGCCAGGUAAUUUGCUAUCUUUGCAGACAGUAUAAAUAAUCUCGCCACUUAGCUAUCCAGGUCCGGCAAGAUUGCUGGCGAGAAGAAUAAAGCGUGUAGGCAUCUGUGCUCUGCUUUAAUCAAUUCCUUAGUGUGCCCGCUUCCGAGGUUCUGGCGUAUAUAAGCUGAUGAAUUGUCUCCGUAAGACUUUGUACCUUGAACACAGAUGCCAAGUUCGUCAAUGCUUGAGAUGCUCUUCUUUCUUUAUCCGAGUAGAUAUUCCCCUCCUUCGGGCUCUCUUGGUUCUGCCAGUAUCUUCGAAGCCAAGACAUCAUCCGAAGAGUCUUAUUUGCGAUGUAUACGCCUCCUCUUCUUGUGUCAACAUGAGCACUGCGCAUGAGAAGCGCAAGUUCUGUAUUUGGCCAUGGUGCAGCUUUUAUAUCGCCGUAACGCCCUCCAUAUCGAUUUCCACGUGUUCACUCAACAUGCUCAUCCAUUCGCACGAAUUCAGACAACUCUCCGAAACACCCUGGCUUCUCGACCUCGAACGCUCUCCAUGCUGCCACGGAUCCCAUGUAUCGAAAUAGCAACAAUCUGCCAAAGUUGCGAUUCAAGAAGGACAGGACACAGUACUCGAAUUCAAGCCGGACAUAGCACAGUGAUCUGAUAA